AUGGAUGAUGAUGGCAACCCGCCAGACGAGAAGUUUUCCGUCGAUGUGGAUACUGAAAAUUACGAUGAAAACAAUCAAACUACAGAGGAUUCAGGCCAGAAUAUCAUGCCAUCCGAAGAAACAAUGGAUUUUCAAUCGACCAUUUUAUCUGAUGAGAGACAAACUAUAGAUCCAUGGGAUAACAAUGAUGAAAAUGUGUACAGAGCGCAACAAUUAUGGGGUGCAACAACAUGUUCUAGUGAUGUUGAAAGUUCACAAACUAUUGAAUUCAGUUCAUUAAUCAACGAUUAUAUUGACGUUUCUAAUACGGUUCAACUUUUGGCUUCUGACAUUGGGACGGAACUAGAAAAAGUCUCGAUAAAAGCGUCGACUGGGAAAAGAAAAAAAAAUGCCACAACAUAUACUAUUGUGAUAGAAGAAAAGCCAGUCACAUGUUGGUUCGAAUCAUUCGAGAAUCCAUCUCUACUCAAGUAUAACGAUCAAAUAACUGAAGCCACUGCAGAAGAUUUAGAAUUCAUUAGAUUCAUCGGCCAGGGAAACUUUGGUUCAGUGGAUCACGUCAGCAUUAACACGGAUCCCGAUUUUCAAAUAGCAGUCAAACGUAUUUCACUUUCAACAAAAGAAGAACGAGCCUCUGCAACAAAAACUGAACUCACGGUUAUGCAAGAAAUUUGUAUCGGUGAUUGUCCAUAUCUUAUCGAAUACUAUGGCGCAAUGAUUGAUAGAAUCCAUAGUGAACUGUGCCUUUGCAUGGAGUUAAUGGAUACAACAUUGACAAAAUUCUAUCAAACUAUGCAUCGAGUUGGAGACAUUGAUCCUAACAAUCUCAAGUGUCUUGUACUUCGUGUGAUGCACAAUAUUACUUCAGCACUUGAAUUUUUGGGUGUGAAAGAUUAUUUACAUCGAGAUAUAAAACCAGACAAUAUACUGGUCAAUGAUAGUGGUGUAUUUAAAUUAAGUGAUUAUGGGACUUGUUGCGGAAUGAAUUCAACAGAAAACGUUCCUAUAGGAACUAUUGCCUAUUUUUCACCUGAACUUGUACGGAAUCCACCUGCGCCAAGCUCUACUCGAAGUGAUAUGUGGGCCUUGGGAAUUAGUGUAGUCGAAACUAUUCUUGGUCAACAUCCGUGUCCUAUUUCAAAUGACAUCGACCGGGCCUUAUUACUUGCAGAAUGGAAUCGUAACAUUCUCGAAGGUAUGAUACCUGACGAUAUCCGAGGACUCAUUUUACAACUAUUGAAAACAGAGCCAGAAGAACGACCUGGUUCUUAUACUGAGAUGCUCCAGAUGUCGUUUAUUCAAACUGUUCUUAUGGAACUUACAUAUGAAGAAAUUUUUUUUAUUUUUAACAUUAUCCAAAUCAUUCGUCAAUCUGAAAAUGGAGACCUAUGA